AUGACGACAUUCCAGAACCUGCCAAGAAAUCCCGUCUAUAAUGGAGUUCCACCAUCUCUUCUCAGAAAAACAUUUCAACCAGUUGUGUACGACAGUGACUUGAGAUUUGAUCACCAAAUUAUGGACAAAUUCGUCGAUGAUGACGAUUUUAGUGACCAUGACUCUCAUUAUUCCGAGGAUUUGGAAGACGACUUCCGGUUUCAGUUGUUGAACUGCCCGUCUGGUACGAACAUGACUAAGCAACUUUUAAACUUUGCUGAUCUGGUAAACAACGAUAUUAAAAAGUUUUUUGGGCCAAAGAAAGGUUCGGAUGACACGUGCGAUAUCUAUGCUGAUAAAUGGAAGACAAUAAAAUCUGGUCGUGAACGUUAUUAUAGAGAUUUAUUACGUAUCGCAGAAGGAGACAAUGAUCUUAGUAAAAAUGGCAAAGAUAAUUCUGAAUAUAACCAAAAGAUCGUAGAUAAUCGUCACACAUUUUCUGGAAGAUUGGAUGAACGUUUGGGAUUAGGACCAUUGAAAGAGUUAUUUGAUAGAGGAUUACAUGGAACAAACUCUGAAAGAAAAACAAGAACGGGUAGGGCAUCAAAAUAUGAAAGUGUUCCAAUGCAUCAAAGACGUUUUCCAGAUUCAUUUUGGAGACCACCUUCGAACGUUACAAAACGUUAUCCGUUGUAUAUUCCAAAUACUCAUGUUCAAAAUUCCCCCAAACCUCCCGAUUUUAGUGAUUUGCUGGAAACCUGGACUAUGGCAGCUGAUAGUGAAUUUAAUGCAGACUUUUCCAGUGAUGUCAACUCGCCAGUAGAAUCAUUUGUUCAUCGACGGCUUUGA